GUUUCGAGAUUUAGAGUUAAUCUGUUUGAAUAAUAAAGAAAAAAAAAAAGAAAAAUAUAGACUGCAUCAUAUUUUGUGAACAUGGCGGCGGCCAGGGGAACGGUGUUAGUGGUGCUAUGGCUCACGGUGGUGAUGUCGAUGGGGCGGUGCUGGGCGGAGAACUUGGAAGAGAUGGAGCAGUCGGCUUCCAAGGUCAUGGAGGAAGCCAAAGAAUCCGCUGGUUCUUGGGCUGAUUGGGCUGCCAAUAAGUUCCAUGAGGGAUUUGGAGGGAAUGCAGAAGGUACACCAGAUGCAGGUCAAAAAUUCGUGGUGAAAGCCCAGGAAGCGGCUUCCAAGUCAACUGAUACACUCAACUCUGCUGCAUACGAAACAUCAAAAUACGCUUCUGAGAAGGCCAACGAGGCGGCAGAAACGGCUUCUGAGAAGAUCGGUGAUGGGAAGAAGUACGCUUCAGAGAAGGCGAGUGCAGCCAAGCAUAAGGCAUCCGAUAUGGUUGAAGGUGCAAAAAAAAGUGGGAAGCAUGUGGCAAAGGACGCCUAUGAGUCGGCAUCCGACAAGGCGGGCAAAGCUUCGGAUUUGGCUAGAGAGGCUAAGCAUAAAACGAAAGGUAAAGCUCAUGAGGCCUCUGAUAAGGCCACUCGAGCGAUGGACAGCACUGCCGAUGCUGCCCAUGAUGCCAAAGAAAAAGUAAAAGAGAAGGCGCAAGACGCCUCCCACAGUGCGUCUAAGAAAGCCCACAACGCCAAGAAAGCGGCAUCUGAUAUGGAAGAUGCUGCGUCCAAGAAGGUGAAGGAAGAGACUCAUGGUGCUAAAUCGAAGGCUAAAGAUACAGCAUCGGAUGCGAAGGAUUCUGCCUCAGGCACGGCCAGCCGGGCCACAGAAGUGGUGAAAGAUAAAGCAAAGGCUGCGUACAGUUCCGUGUCUAACAAGGCGGACGAAGCCCUCAAAACGACCAAAGAGAAGGCGGGUGCUGCCAAAGAGAAGGUGGCGGAUGCAAUGUCGAGUGGGAAACACAAAGUUUCCGAUACCGCUGAGACGGCCAAAACGAAGGUUGAGGAUACGUACAAGUCGGCUAAGGAGACCGUGUCUCCUUAAGAUAUGUAAAGUGGCUCAAGAUGGCUUAAGAAGCUGCAUGAAACGUAGGAGUUGAUGAUGUUAGAACACAGACCAUAAGUAGGGUUGUGCUGAGGUGGGUAUUACACUACCACCCGUGCAUAUAUUUAAUAAAUGUCCAUAAUACUCUUGGUUUACUUUAUUCAUAAUCAUUUUGAAUUU